CGCGGAUGAACAAAUCAAACGUCUGUUGCGGAACUCAGUGCCUUGACGUUGACCAAUCAGCGAAGGUUAUUGAAGCGAGCGGUUUACUCCCGCCAAUUCCGACUGAGAAGCGCGAGGCAAACAGCAGGGGGUUCUUCUCGGAUGCUUACACGAACUGUUCGGUGCUGAAGUUUCUUUGACGGAGUACAGCGCGAACGAGAGGAGCCCCGAAUCAGUGUUUGGGAUGUUGGCGGCGGAAAAUCCAUCUGUAGACGGACAUUUGGCAGCUUCGGCCUCCCGCAGAAAAGGCAUGGAUUGUAAAUCAAGUAAAAAUGCCAACAAGAAACUUAUACAAGCCCGUCUCCCAUUCAAGCGCCUGAACCCUGAACCUAAAGAGAACCACCUGCCUAAACGCCCAUGUGCACAUACCUACCCUGAACCUUCAGACGUGGAAAACGAAAAUGAGUCCUCUCCACUCUCUGUCCAAAACAGACCACCUUUGGUUAAUGGCCGAGGGCCUCUUGAUGGCUUCCUGAGCCGAAGGUGUCCUGCAGCCUCAGACGAGAACAUGGUUAUAGAUUUGACUGAGGACAACCAUUUAUCCCCUGUAAAGCAUGGUGUUUCACCUGCUCCUGCCAUCCCCCACAGCCCAACAAAAGAUAAACAUCAAGGCAAAGACAUAACUGUCUGCUCCGAGAAAUCCAGCAAAAUUGAUGACACUCGCACACAAACUUUAGACUGCACAGAAGUCGACAGUGAUGAAGAAGAGGAGAUGGAGGAGAAUCAGACAGCAUCUCUUUCACAGCUCGACACAACACAGGAUUCUGACAGUGAGCCUGAGGAGCAGAAUGAGUCAGGGAACAAGUCCAUGCUGUCAGAGUCAUCAUUGAGCUCACAGUCUGAAAGUUCACCAGAGAAGUCCAAGACUGAUGACCCUACACUCUCAUCUACAGCACCAAAGACGACCCCCGAAACACCAGUGGAUGAGAAGGUCAAAAGACGCUCCUUGAAGAGUUUACAAGUGCAGGAGGAGAGGCUACGUUUGCGUGAAGAGAAGGAGCGACAGAAGGAGGAGGCUAAAGCUGCAAAAGAGAAAAAGAAAGAAGAGGCCCGCAAAUUAAAGGAGGAAAAAGAAAAAGAGAAACGUGAGAAAAAGGAAAAAGAUGAGCGAGAUAAACGAGAGAAAAAAGAGAAAGAGGAGAAAGAAAAAGCUGACAGACUAAAAGCAAAAGAGGAGCAGCGGAAAUCCAAGCUAGAGGCCAAGCUUGAAGAAAAACGCAAGAAAGAAGAGGAGAAGCGUAUGAAGGAAGAGGAGAAACGGUUGAAAGAAGAGAAAGAUCGUCUCAAAGCUGAGAAAGCAGAAAUUACACGGUUUCUACAGAAACCCAAGACCCAACAAGCUCCAAAGACACUUGCAGCUGCCUGUGGGAAGUUUGCUCCUUUUGAGAUAAAAGGAAACAUGGCUCUGGCACCACUGUGUCGUGUUCAGUGUGCAGACUCUCUUUUAGAGGAACUUGACCAGUGUUUAUUGAACCCCAACAAUAACCUAAAUGGAAUAAAAGAGUGGAUCGGUAAAAAGCCUCGCCAGUCGGGACCAACCAACCCAAGGCAGACGGACUCACCCAGUGACUGUAUAACAGUGGAGGGACCUAAAUCAGAAGGAGUGCCGGACCGUCAACGUUAUGGACCCAUGAAGCUUUUGCAGUUCCGUGAAAACUACCGCCCAGCGUACUGGGGCACCUGGAGUAAGACGAGUUCACAUAUCUCACCUCGAUGCCCCCUCAAGCAGGACAAGGAUGUGUUGGACUAUGAUGUGGACAGUGAUGAAGAAUGGGAGGAGGAGGAACCAGGAGAGUCCCUGUCGCAUAGUGAAGGGGAAGAUGAGGAGGAAGGAGGUGAGGAUGACGAUGAAGAUGACGAUGGCUUCUUUGUUCCUCAUGGUUACCUUUCAGAUGAUGAGGGGGCUCUAGAUGAGGAGGAGGGUGGUGACCUGGAGAAGCAGAAGCUGCGACAGAAAAUGAAAGCCAGGGAGUGGGAUGAGCUGAUGUCCACCAAGAAGAAGAUGAUGAAGGUGCUGGUGCCCGUGGUCAGGGGCUGCAUCUGGGAAGGAGAAGGACCUGUUUUGGAAGUCUUUCAGUCUCAUGCUGCGUGUCUGGUCGAGCCUUUACCAAAGGCAGACAACAGCCUCAGUCCAGAGGAAAUGUCUAAGAAGUGCGAGAGAGAAGCACAAUUACUUGGUCAGCUGCUCCCUCUGCUGCACGGUAAUGUCAACAGCUCCAAAGUGAUCAUCAAUGAGUUUCAGGAGUUUUGUCGUCGUCAAACCUCAUCUUCAUCUUCACCAUCUGCACCUGAGCUGUGUAGUCCCCAGAGCUCUGCAGAAAACAUCCCCACCAGAAUACAGCUGAGACGGGUCAUCAAAAACAAUGCUGUUUAUGAGAAGCGCGCCACCUACAGACGCUGCUGCUGGUAUGUGCACACAGAAGUCCUGUCCCGCUUUGGCCAGGAGGCACUUCCACUGCCCUGCCAGUGGACCUACCUCACCACUGGAGCCCGAGAAGAGCCUCGAGAAGAACCGCAGGCAGCUACAGGCUCUCAGGGAAACUCUCCCACUACACCGCAGACCUCUUCCACCCCGUCUUCAUCGUCCAACAAAAGGAAGAGCACAGGGAGCAUGUCCAUCACCAAGUUUAUGAAGAGGUGUACUGAUCGGGAACAGAAGGGAGUGGUAGAGACGGAUGGUUUUCAGGCUGACACUGAGGAAGAUGAUGAGGAAGACUGUGUCCUCAUCUCUGCACAGAGUGGUCCAACGAGAGAGAAGUCCUCCAACGAGGGAGACGUCUUAAUGGAGGUCACACCGUCGGACACAGCGGCCCUCCCUGUGGCCAGUGCGGCUCCUACAAUCGCCACAGCCUGAGGUCACGUUAGGUGGUCCACCCCAACCCAAGCUACUCCUGUUUCCUCAUAAAUUUCCUUCCUGAUUCUGAACUCUGCCGAAUAUAAUCUUCAUGCAAAAUGAAGCCCUGCACCCUGGUACAGUCAACUCACAGCAGGCGGCGUCUGCUCAGGAUUGUGAGUGUCCGCUCACCCAAUAUUUUCUUUUUUUUUUAAACCCCUGACCUGACUUUCCAAUUGCCAGUAAAAUGUAGUAGUGCAUAAAAUCAGAGCGGGGCAGAAAAGGAACUGUACAUCUGAUUGUUUUGCAUUGAAGUUUCGGUCGGGCUUGUUUGGCAUGGGCUUUUUUAAAGUGGAAGGUGAGCAUCUCUCUGGCACUGCUACAACAGAUUGGGUUGAACAGUGGAAAAGCAGAAUAAAAUGGAAAAGUAGUUUUCAUCAGAAGAAGCACCUACAACGAAAAAAAACAAACAGCAUUAUCAACAUUUUUUCAUGUUCAGUGCAUGACACGGAUUUCUUAAGUUCCAGAUGUAAAUAGUUGACCAUAAAUAAGUUGAGUAAAUAAGAGGCUGAAAGUCUGUAUUUUUACCUCUUGGUUUCAGUGGGUGCUUUUAUUCUGCAAUUUCUGAUUCUGACAACUCACUGGUGUAGUUGCUAGGUCUGUACUUGUACAGUUAGGUUCAGUGUCACAGUGUUUUAUAAAUAUGUAUUUUCUGUAUUUUCAAGAAUACUUGAACAGGAUAAAUUCAUUAAACCUGAAUAAAAGUACUGCACUUUUA